CGACGCCUGCCUGUUGCUGGGUGCGCCAUGGCUGAGGGGACAGGCUGCGAGGCGCCCAAGGCAUGCUUGGCCAAGAUAGUGAUGGUGGGUGACUCCUUCGUGGGGAAAACCUCUGUCCUGCGGCGAUACACCGACCUUUGCCCCACUGCCCGGGGGCCGCCGCCUUCCUAUCUCACCACCGUCGGCAUUGAUUUUAAAGUGAAAACAAUUUCAUGUGAUAACACAACUAUGAAACUUCAAAUAUGGGAUACAGCUGGCCAGGAAAGAUUUCAUACGUUUACUACUAAUUUUUUUCGAGGAGCACAUGGAUUUGUUCUUGUUUAUGAUAUCACAGAUGCAAAAAGCUUUCAAGGAAUUUCACACUGGAUGAAAGAUAUAUAUGAGAAAGUAGGUGAAAAUACAGACAUAAUAUUGCUGGGUAACAAGUGCGAUAAGGAGGCAGAACGUGUAAUUUCAAAAAACAGAGGAGAAAAGCUUGCUUGGGAAUAUGGAAUACCUUUCUUUGAAACCAGUGCAAAGGAUAAUAUAAAUAUUGAAAAUGCAUUUUCAGUUCUAGCCAAAGAAAUAUUGAACAAGAAUUCCUGUGUAUUUCUUGACUUAGACGUGGUGGACCUAAAUGAAAAACUACAAACAAGAUCUUGCUGUAAAUUGUGACUGUACAAAGAAAGAAAAAGCUACUAAUAUUGGUAACUUGGUAUAUAUCAAAGCCUUGAAUCCCUAACAUAUAAAUUACUCAAUUAAAGUACUGAUACUAACUAACAAAUGAACAGGUUCUUUAUCCAUUGUCAUUUUAUUUAUUUGCUGUUAUAAACCAAAUAUUAGAUUUACAUUAUACAUCAUGACUGUAAAAGUUAUUCAGAAUGGAAGAGUAAAAAAAAAAUACAAAUGAUCUUUGAAUGUUGGCCAUCAUAGCUUGUUUAUGCAAUAAAUCUAAAACG